CGGCCCUUCUUUCCCUGCCCCGCUCCCCCCGCAGAGCGGCUGGCUGCGGGCUGCCUCUCGCUCCCCCCCUCCCCCUUUCCCUUUUAAUUUUUAUUUUAUUUUAUUUUAAAUCCUUCCCCCCCUCCCCCUUUCCCUUCCUCCCCUCCCCGCACGGCGGCGGUGGCGGCCCGCCUCCCUUUCCCCCACACCUCCCUCACCGAUCUUUCCCCCCCCCACCCCCGUUGCCGCGGCCCCCGCCAUGGCGACAUGAGCCCGCCGGCCCCCGCCGCUACCGCCCCGGUGAUGGGGCCCGCAGGGUGCUGAAGCGCCGCGGAGGAGCCCCGCCGCCGCCGCCCCGCUAUGGGGUGCUGAUGGCCGGGCCCCGCCGGGCACCCCGCCGCCGCGCAGGGGAGGUAGCUGUAUCCAGCUGGGUGGCAGGUGGAUCCAAGGGUUACCAUGAAGUUUUCAGGACCCCUGGAGAGCCAGAGGUUGUCUCUCCUUCUGGAGAUGGCAAUCUCUAGGGAAGCUCAAAUGUGGAAAGCACAUGUGCCGAAAAUUCAGCCCAAUCAGGAUGUAGCCAUUUCUCCAAGGCAGAGGGAUGAGGUCAUUCAGUGGCUGGCCAAGCUCAAAUACCAGUUCCACCUUUAUCCAGAAACGCUGGCCCUGGCCAUCAGCCUUUUGGACAGGUUUUUAGCAGCAGUAAAGGCUCGUCCAAAGUACUUGAACUGUAUUGCAAUCAGCUGCUUCUUCCUUGCUGCAAAGACCAUUGAGGAAGAUGAGAGGAUUCCAGUCCUGAAGGUGUUGGCUCGGGACAGCUUUUGUGGUUGUUCUCCAGCUGAAAUUCGCAGAAUGGAGAAGAUUAUCCUGGAUAAACUGAACUGGGAUCUUCACAUGGCUACACCACUGGAUUUCCUUCAUAUUUUCCACGCAGUUGCAGUGUCCAGCAGGCCCCAGCUCCUGACCAUCCUGCCCAAGCUGAGCCCCUCUCAGCACGUGGCAGUGCUCAGCAAGCAGCUGCUGCACUGCAUGGCCUGUUACCAGCUCCUGCAGUUCAAGGGCUCCAUGCUGGCCUUGGCCAUCAUCAGCCUGGAGCUGGAGAAGCUGCUCCCCGACUGGCUGGCUCUCAUCAUCGAGCUGCUCCAGAAGGCACAGAUGGACAGCUCGCAGCUGAUCCACUGCCGGGAGCUGGUGGCACAUCACCUUUCCACUCAGCAGUCUUCUCUGCCUCCCAACUCUGUAUAUGUCUACAGUCCCCUCCAGCACACCCUGGUGACCUGUAACAGAGGAGUGUUCAAAUCCCAGCCCUCCUCUGUCCCAGGGCCGGGGUUCUCCAAGGACAACAGCGGGCCAGAAGCGUCAGUCUCAGGUACAGCCGGGCUCUACCAGCGCCUGCCAGCUCCCGGGAGCUGCAAGCAACCCUCAGCCAAGAGGAAAGUGGAAGAGAUGGAAGUGGACGAGUUCUACGAUGGCAUCAAACGUCUCUACAACGAGGACACAGCUCCUGAGGUGGUGGCUCUGGAGCCCGUGGGCUCCGUUUGCAGCGCUGACGUCUCCAGGCAGGAGGGCAGCGUCUCCCCUUGUCCGCCCUUACAGCCCGUGUCUGUCAUGUAGCCCUGAGCUCCAGGAGCCAGGCAGAACCUGGCAGCUGGGGGAGGGGGAGGAGGGGCCAUACCUUGUCAGGCUGAACUGAAGGGAGCCAAAAAAAAAACCAGAAAAGGAAAAAAAAACAAAAACAAAAAACACCCCACAGAAAAAAAAAAUCCCAACCCUCUUUUCAGUUUUUUUUCCUCGUGAGGCUAAUGAUAGUUCCACUAUUUAAGCACUUAAAAAACACAAAAAAGUAUAAAAAUUUUAAAAAGACCCAAAAACCAACCAAAAAAAAAAGUAGCAAGAAAUUGUUCCUUUCUAGUGUUGUCAGUUCCACUGUUUAUCUGCUCCUGUGUAUUGUAACCCAUUCCUCACGUCCCAGAGCUCACAUCAGUUGUGCAGAGCUGUUCCAGGUUUCCCAGCCAACUAACACCUCUCAGAUCCCAUUUCCAUCUGCUCCUUGCUCUCUUUCUGCUUGCUCCUCUUUUUAAUUCUCUGCAAGUCUCGUGCAUGAUGUUCUGUACUACCUGACUUUCAGUGCCAGCUCUUUUUCCUUUCUAAAGAAAAAAAAAAGACCUUUUUUGUUUUGUUAGCACUUUGGUGUUUAAAUGUGAUAAUAUUUAAAAACUGGAUUUAAAGGUUAGUCAAGAAAAAAAAAACAACAAAAUGCUUGCAACCUGCUCCACACUUAAGUAAAAUAAGCAUAGGAGUGUGAACAUACCUGAGGAGAACAGCAGGGCAGAGCCAGGGUGCUCUGUACCUCACAGAGACUCCUCCAAGUUCAGUUUGUGUUUCCCAGCACAGAAAGCAGUUACUGCAGUUUGUAUCACUUGAACAAAAACGGUAUUUUUUUCCUUGUUUGCACCAAGAAACGUUGCACUCAGUGUGGAUUUUCACCAGUUCUUGAUCUUCUAUGUCAAGUGUAAACCUUGAAUUCUGCAGAGUCCUUUUUCCCCUUCCCUGUGUUUAGAAGCUCCCCCCGUGCCCAGCACUGCUUGGUGCUGGGGUGGCUGCACACCCCUGAGGUUUGCAAGGUUCAGCCACCAACCCAACCCAAACACCCCUAACCCUGAAGUUUUCUGUUGCUGUAACUUCUAACCAAGAGUCAGACCUUUAACAACUUGUCUCUUCAGUGUUACACCUCUUUCUCAGAACGACCUCUCCCAAUUGUAAGCUCUCUCCACAGCCCUGAGGAAGGUAUUGUGUUUGGAGCCAUUGUACUGAUGAAAGCCUUCUGGUAGCAAUAAAGAAAGUUGUCCUGGA